CAGCAGCUCUCGGCGGCCUCCUGAGCGGCGAUGGCGAACGUCGCGAAUCGGGUGUCGUGGUCUGGCCGGGAGGGAGAGGCCGAGAGCCAGGGGGAGACCACGCCGCUGCUGAACGGCACGGGCGCAGCCGCCGCGGCCAGGCAGCUGACCCCUUCUUCGUCUUCCUCACGAUUUGGGCGCCUGAGCAAUGUAGAUCUUGGGGACCACCAGGGCACGGAAGUGAAGGCCUCUCGGUCCCUGCCCAGCGAGAUUCCACACAACGACAAGCUUCUCUCCCUCACGUACGAAAGCUUGGACUAUGACAACUGUGAAAACCAGCUCUUCUUGGAAGAGGAGAAGAGGAUUAACCACACGGCGUUCCGGACAGUGGAAAUUCAGCGCUGGGUCAUCUGUGCCAUGAUUGGCAUCCUUACCGGCCUGGUUGCCUGCUUCAUCGACAUUAUGGUGGAGACCUUAGCUGGGCUCAAGUACAAGCUGGUGAAGGGCAAUAUUGAUAAAUUCACUGAGACAGGACGUCUCUCCUUCUCCCUGCUCCUGUGGGCCACCAUGAAUGCAGGUUUUGUGAUGGCUGGUUCCAUUGUCGUCGCGUUUCUGGAGCCCGUGGCGGCCGGUAGUGGAAUUCCUCAGAUCAAGUGCUACCUGAAUGGAGUCAAGAUUCCCCAUGUGGUUCGGCUGAAGACCCUGAUGGUUAAAGUCUGCGGCGUGAUUCUCUCCGUGGUCGGAGGCCUGGCGGUGGGGAAGGAAGGGCCGAUGAUCCACUCGGGGGCCGUCAUCGCAGCCGGGAUUUCCCAAGGACGCUCGACUUCCUUGAAGAGGGACUUCAGGAUCUUUGAGUAUUUCCGGAGGGACACAGAGAAGCGGGAUUUCGUCUCUGCCGGAGCUGCUGCCGGCGUCUCAGCUGCCUUCGGGGCCCCUGUCGGCGGGGUCCUCUUCAGCUUGGAAGAAGGCGCUUCCUUCUGGAACCAGUUCCUGACGUGGCGGAUCUUCUUCGCCUCCAUGAUCUCCACCUUCACUCUGAACUCCAUCCUCAGCAUCUACAAGGGGAACCCGCUGGACCUCUCCAGCCCGGGUCUCAUCAAUUUCGGCCGGUUUGAUUCUGAGAAAAUGGGAUACACUUUCGAAGAAAUCCCCAUCUUCAUCUUCAUUGGCGUGUUGGGGGGGAUCCUUGGGGCCACAUUCAACGCCCUGAACUAUUGGCUGACCAUGUUCCGGAUCAGGUACAUCCAUCGCCCGUGCCUUCAGGUGAUUGAGUCCAUGUUGGUGGGGGCCGUGACGGCAGCUAUUGCAUUCGUCCUGAUCUACGUCUCUGUGGACUGCCAGCCUCUCCAAGACAACAGCAUGGCCUACCCGCUGCAGCUCUUCUGCCCGGAUGGGCAGUAUAACUCAAUGGCUGCCGCCUUCUUCAACACGCCCGAGAAGAGCGUUGUCCGCCUGUUCCACGACCCUCCAGGCACCUAUGACCCCAUGACCUUGGGCUUGUUCACCCUGGUGUAUUUCUUCCUGGCCUGCUGGACCUACGGGCUGACGGUGUCUGCGGGCGUCUUCAUCCCCUCCCUCCUGAUCGGCGCUGCCUGGGGCCGCCUGUUUGGCAUUUCCUUGGCCUACGUUGCUGGUGGCUGGAUCAGGGCUGACCCGGGGAAGUAUGCGCUGAUGGGAGCAGCAGCGCAGCUGGGGGGGAUCGUGAGGAUGACACUGAGCUUGACGGUCAUCAUGAUGGAGGCGACGGGCAAUGUCACCUACGGGUUCCCAAUCAUGCUUGUCCUGAUGACAGCCAAGAUAGUAGGGGACUUCUUUGUGGAGGGCUUGUAUGACAUGCACAUCCAGCUCCAGAGCGUCCCCUUCUUGCACUGGGAGGCGCCAGUCACUUCGCACUCUUUCACUGCCACCCAGGUGAUGAGCACCCCAGUGACCUGCCUGCGGCAGAGCGAGAAAGUGGGAACCAUCGUGGACAUCCUCAGUGACACGGCCUCCAAUCACAACGGCUUCCCUGUUGUCGAGAGCAUCCCUGGCAACAACCAGAUGAUGGGCCUGCGGGGCCUGAUCCUGCGCUCUCAGCUGAUUGUGCUCCUGAAGCACAAGGUGUUUGUGGAGCGUGCCAGCUUGUCUCUGCGGCAGCGGCGGCUGAAGCUGAAGGACUUCCGGGACGCCUACCCCCGCUUCCCCCCCAUCCAGUCAAUCCAUGUCUCCCAGGAUGAGCGCGAGUGCAUGAUGGACCUGACGGAGUUCAUGAAUCCCUCGCCGUAUGCCGUGCCGCAGGAGGCCUCUCUCCCAAGGGUGUUCAAGCUCUUCCGAGCCCUGGGCUUGCGCCACCUGGUGGUCGUGGACAAUCAGAACCAGGUCGUGGGCCUGGUCACUCGGAAGGACCUGGCCCGCUACCGGCUUGGGAAGAAGGGCAUAGAGGAGAUGCUCCUGGCCAAGACGUGACUUUGCUCAAGACUCAUGUGGUGCAUCAGGAGCUUCCAGCCUUCCAGCUCUGCUCUCGGGGGCCCAGCAGGGCAGCCAGCGCAGAGGCCCCGUCGGCAGGGCGCCUGCUUUGAAACGGCAUCCCCGCUUCCCCCCCAGACCUCCCAGCACCCUUUCUCAGCUGCCCUGUGUGGGGUGGGGUCCACUGCAGGUUCCACAGAGAACCUUCAGAGCAGCAGUGCCGGGUAGCCCUGUUGCUGUCGCAACCUGGGCUUGGCGUGUAUUUCCGUCUGCAUUUUGCUCAUGGGUUUUCAGCGAGCUUUCCCCUGCCCAGCGCUCACCGGCCGUGCCUUCGAAGACCCCUCACAGCCGCAAAACGGCGUGCCGCUCAUACACAGGAGCCGUCCCGAGCUGGCUCAAACCCCGGCUGCCUCAGCUCCCUUCCCUCUGGCCCAGAGGGGGCUGCUUGUCCUGGAGUCACCCCCAGACUUGCUCUUUUCCAGCUGUUCACACUUUUUUCUCUGUGGUUGGAACGGACCAAGCAAGGCUGGUCUUCUCACCGGUGCUCAGAGCAUCAGGGUGGGACCGGCUGUUUCCGCGCUUGGAAGUGUGCAGACGGCAUUGCGUGCAGAUCGGCGUGUGCAGCUGCACCUCAAAAUUCCUUUUUUUGUGCUGAAAUAAAAAUGAAUGAGCUCUUUCUCCCUCCUUCUACUGGCUCUUCAUAUUGCCCUGACUGUGCCACCCCAUGGAUUGAAGAGGGGCUGGGGCACGUGAGAAAUGGAGCCAGAACAAAUACGGGUUCUGCAAGCCAAGCAAAGGCACUUCAGGCGGAGUGUUUCAGGGAAGCCUGGUUGCCAGGGCCAGCGGGUAUUCAAGCAUAGAAUGCCACCUUAAUAAACAUAUCCCUGCUCCAGCCUGGUUUAUUUGGGCCCUGCCCUGCCUCGAAGGCUGUGUGUGGAUGGAGGAGAGUGAGGGGGUAAAACUUCCCUCCAGUUGUGUUUUGAAUGCAGUGGUUUCUGGUGCUUUUCCUUCCUCCCAUCCAGCCUCCAGUCCUCAGAUUCCCUGGUGGUCGCCCAUCCAAGGACUAACUGGGCAGUGGGGCUACUUAUUCUGCGCUGCAACUCCACCUGCAGAGUGUUGCUGCA